AUGUCGACACCAAUACUACCAGCCUGGCCACCAAGCCUCUCCGAUGAGGCUCGAGACUACCUCUCGCACCAGGCCACCGACUAUGCUCUUUCCCACGGAAUCGUCUACCGCCCCCUCCCUACCCCACCUUCCGCCGCCCCGCCUACCUCCAGCACCAUCCAUGCCCCCUUCUCGCUCUUCCCCUCACCCUUUCCACGCACGCUUUUCGACAAGGCACAAUCCAUCCAACCAGCAUACGACCUUCUUUACGCACAAGUCUCGUCCAACCACACCUUCCUCCAACGUGUGAUCGGCGAUUCCGUCGUCCAGGUCGACUCGUUUCAAAAGCAGCUCUGGGACAUCUACGUCACGGUCAAAGACGAUCUUGUCCAGCCGCUUAGUCUAGGUCUGUUCAGAAGCGAUUACCUGCUACACGAUGCGCAGAGCGAGUCAAAGGCAGCAGACGAAAUGGGUAGUAGAUCGGGCCAGUUGGAGUUGAAACAAGUCGAGUUCAACACGAUCAGCGCAUCCUUCGGUGCCUUGUGCACCAAAGUUAAUGGCCUACAUCGGCAUCUUUCGAGUACUACGAAUUAUUUGGGUGUCGGAAAGGAUCUCGACAAGCUCGAAAACUUGCCAGAGAACAAGGCGCAGGAUGUGCUGGUUGGAGGGUUGGCUGCUGCCCAUGCUGCCUAUCUGAACCAGCAGGGAUACGAGGCACCCGCCGCGAAGAAUGUUUACGUCCUCUUCGUAGUCCAAGAGGGAGAAAGGAAUGCUUUCGAUCAGCGUCCGCUCGAACAUGCACUUCAGGGUAAGGGGAUUCGAGUCGUUCGACAGAGCUUUGCCGAGAUCGCUUCACGAAUGACGUUGAAACCAGACGACGCCAAGCGUACACUACUGCUGAACCACCCGGUGCUGGGAUUGAUCGAGGUCAGCACGGUCUACUUCCGCGCAGGGUAUGGUCCCUCGGACUACACCAGUGAGUCCGAAUGGAACACUCGAAAGCAACUGGAACGCAGCCUUGCGAUCAAAUGCCCCUCGAUCGCUGUACAACUUGCCGGGGCGAAAAAGGUGCAACAGGUGCUUGCUGAGCCGGAUCAGCUCGAAUCUCUGCUCUCCAAUCUCGGCGCGGAUGCUUCGACCGCGCAAAAGCUGCGAGAGACUUUUACCGACCUGUAUCCACUCGACGAGUCGCCGCUCGGUAAGAAAGGAUACGAACUCGCCACCACCGCACCGCAGAACUACGUGCUCAAACCGCAACGCGAAGGCGGAGGAAACAACGUUUACCGCCAUGACAUCCCGCCCUUCCUCGCUCAAAUUGAAUCUUGCUCCCCCUCUUCCCUCGCAUACAAUGUUUCCAAGAAACAAGCCUACAUCCUCAUGAGCCUGAUCAAGCCCCCCGCCGGUUUGGGUAACUACCUCGUCAAAUCAGCCACCGCAACAACACCUGGCACACCCGUACUCGCCAAAGACACCGUCUCGGAACUCGGCGUCUACGGUGCUGUCCUCUUCCAAAACACCGAGACAGACACCCCAGUCGAAAUCAAACACCACCAAUCCGGUGGAUAUCUCUUAAGAACUAAGGGAAGAGACAGCGACGAGGGCGGUGUGGCUGUCGGAUUCUCUGUCAUCGAUUCACCUUUCUUGAUCUAG